UGGCAUGGCUGCCCCCGCUUGGCGGCUCUGGACGUUCCUUACAGAGAGGUCCUCACACUGAGAGACCGAGUCCCGCUGCCCGCGCUGGUCAGCAGGCUUUCCAGGCUCGCGCCCCGGGCUUGGAUCUGAGGAGCAUGGAUCUUUCUUUGGAUGCUUGGGACUUCUCCAUAUCGUUACUGUCCUUAUGGAUAAACAGGUUUUACAUUUACUGGGGCUUUGCCUUGGGCAUUGGCCUUUGGGUCUGUGUCCAGAUUGUCAUGAGGAAGCAGAACUCACAGGUGAAACCCACUUCAAAAACGAGCCCAGAACUGUUGACCAAUGGUUCUGUUUCCCUUCCGAGGAAGGACAGCUUUGUGUCUGGAGUGAAGAUUUUCUAUGGUUCCCAGACUGGUACGGCCAAGGGAUUUGCAACAGAUCUAGCUGAAGCCGUUAGCUCCCUAGACCUGCCCGUGGAAGUUAUUAAUCUGAAAGAAUACGAUCCAGAUGAACACCUGAUAGGAGAGGUCACCAGUAAGACCGUCUGUGCCUUCCUGCUUGCUACAUACACGGAUGGCCACCCGCCUGAGAGCGCAGAGUGGUUCUGCAAGUGGUUAGAGGAAGCUACCAGUGACUUCCGAUUUGGCAGAACUUACCUAAAGGGUAUGAGAUACGCAGUGUUCGGCCUGGGGAAUUCUGCCUAUUCGAACCACUUCAACAAGGUCGGCAAGAAUGUUGAUCGGUGGCUCUGGAUGCUCGGCGCGCAUCGUGUGCUGUCUCGAGGAGACGGUGACUGCAGUGUGGCUCAAAGCAAACAUGGCAGCAUCGAAGCCGACUUCCGAGCAUGGAAGACCAAGUUCAUCUCCCGGCUGCGUGCGCUUCGUAAGGGAGACAAGAAGUCCUGUGGCGGCAACUGCAAGAAAGGCAAAUGCAAAUCCACACAGCAUGGCUCGCUGGAAUCAGAGCCUGGGUCCAGCACUCAGGAUGACAUGCGUCACAGAGACACCGAGGAGGAAGAGCCCUGUGAGAGCAGCAGUGAGGAAGAGUUUGGUCCUGAGGAGCAUCCAGGUUUCAGUUCUGUUGUUGAUGUUGAGGAUCUUGGCAAUAUCAUGGAUCGCGUGAAGAAAGAAAAGAGAGAAGAGGAGCAGCAGGAAGAGAAUGCUGGUUUGGUGAAGAGCACAGGGGAAAAUGAAGAUGGGAAAAGAAGAGCUAUGAUAACUCCGGCUCUGCGUGAAGCUCUUACUAAGCAAGGUUAUCAGCUGAUUGGGAGCCACUCAGGGGUGAAGCUUUGCAGGUGGACAAAGUCAAUGCUCCGAGGGAGAGGAGGCUGCUAUAAACACACAUUUUAUGGCAUUGAAAGCCAUCGCUGCAUGGAAACCACCCCAAGUUUGGCAUGUGCAAAUAAGUGCGUCUUUUGCUGGCGGCAUCACAGCAACCCCGUGGGCACUGAGUGGCAGUGGAAGAUGGACCAACCGGAGAUGAUCUUAAAGGAAGCCAUCGAAAGCCAUCAGAAUAUGAUUAAGCAGUUCAGAGGAGUCCCGGGUGUCAAAGCAGAGCGCUUUGCAGAGGGGAUGGCGGUGAAGCACUGUGCACUGUCCCUUGUGGGAGAACCGAUCAUGUACCCAGAGAUCAACACGUUCCUAACGCUGCUGCACCGGAGCAGCAUCUCCAGUUUCCUGGUCACGAAUGCACAGUUCCCCGUGGAAAUCAGAAACCUCAAGCCAGUCACUCAACUGUAUGUCAGUGUGGACGCCAGCACCAAAGAUAGCCUGAAGAAAAUUGAUCGCCCACUCUUUAAGGAUUUCUGGCAAAGAUUCCUUGACAGUUUAAAAGCCUUAGCAACAAAGAAACAACGAACUGUGUACCGACUGACGCUGGUGAAGGCCUGGAAUGUGGAUGAACUGCAGGCGUAUGCUGAGCUCGUGAGCCUGGGGAAUCCUGACUUCAUCGAAGUGAAGGGUGUCACCUACUGUGGAACAAGUUCAGCCAGCAGUCUGACCAUGGCCAACGUGCCCUGGCAUGAAGAAGUUGUCCGGUUUGUCCGCGAAUUGGUGGAUCUGAUCCCAGACUAUGACAUCGCCUGUGAACACGAACAUUCCAACUGUCUCCUGAUAGCACACAGGAAGUUUAAGAUUGAUGGAGAGUGGUGGACAUGGAUCGACUACAGCCGCUUUCAGGAGCUCAUCCAGGCAUAUGAAGACAGCAACGGGUCAGAAACUUUCAGCGCCCAGGAUUAUAUGGCAAAAACUCCACAGUGGGCACUGUUUGGUGCCAGUGAAAGAGGCUUUGAUCCCAAGGACAUAAGACAUCAGAGGAAGAACAAGUCGAAGGGUGUUUCCGGCCACUGAGCUUAUCUGACUUCGGGAUGCUGAAGGACAGAAGCCGGAUGGCCCAGAAGGUUCUUGGGCUCCUAUGCUUUGUUCCAAGCAUAAAC